AUGAUGAUUCACAGCUGUGUGCGUCGUAUGUAUUACCUUAUUCAUCCUGUGUGCUUUCGUUCACAGUGUGGUUCAUUGAAGGUGGUCGACCGACGCAAAAGUUUCUUCAAACUAUCCCAAGGAGAAUAUGUCACUCCGAAGAAGGUGGAAGAAGUGUACGCUUCAAGCCUCCUGGUCGAGCACGUUUUUGUCGAUGGCGACUCUCGUCGGUCAUUCCUCAUUGCAAUCAUUGUACCAAAUCUAACAGAAUUGCGCAAACGCUUAGUGACAUGGUGUUCUAAUGGCACUCUCAGUUCUCUGAAGCUACCUCGGGGCCAAAAACUACCGACACCAGAUUUGAAUGAUACCGAAUUGUGUAAACAUCCUCUGAUUUCUCAGUUGGUUCUCGAUGAACUUACACAAAUUGGAAAGUCUGGCGGCCUUAAAGGCUUCGAACAGGCCAAAGCCUUGCACCUCAGUGCCGAGCCAUUUACAGUUGCCAGCGGAUUGUUGACUCCCACGAUGAAGGUUUCUCGACCCAUUGUUCGCAGGCACUUUGCUCCGGUCAUCAAGCAAUUGUAUAGUGAGCACAGAGAAUAA